AUGGCGUCCAUAGGCAGCAUUUCCGACGUACGGAAAGUGAUCUUGGAAAAUGACGUUGCAAAACGAAUUGUGAUUAAAGUGAGGACCAAAAGUCUGGAUACUGAAAAUUACCGCGACUCGGCCAAGGGCGUUGUCAGCGAGGUUUUUCCUGGCUGGGAAAAUGACCCGCGGGUACUGCCUGUCGCUUUUGAUGUAUGGGAUGAACGUACCUUCAUUGUUGUCGACAUUAAUCAUCUUGAUUACGACUUUAAUACGGCUCACAAAAUCAAAAAGGUCUUCCCAGUCUAUGUGCUGCGACAUGAGAAAAAGCGUGGCUGGGCUCUUAUAAGAUGGCCUCAAGAGGAUCAGCCACUUGGUGCCAAAGUCAUGGAUCUUCACAACCUCAAUGGUUGGGACAUCAAAACGCCAUUCAUAGAAGACCACAAUACACGUAUUGUGUACGUCAAUCCCCGCAAUCUUCAUGAAUGA